CUGAGCUUGAGUACACGCACUAUCAUAAGAGCGCAGCUGGAGUGUCUUUUGAGUAUACACUCACACUUGUAAAGUGUUGUGUUGAGAAGAGAUGGCGAAAAUUCCCAUCUUUAUGGUGGGUUUAUUGCUGUUGAACUGCUGGGUAGCCUUGGCAGAUGCAGAGUACUUGAAAUAUAAAGAUCCAAAACAGCCUUUGAAUGUUCGAAUCAAGGAUCUCAUAAACAGAAUGACUUUGGAGGAGAAGAUUGGCCAAAUGGUGCAGAUUGAUCGCACUGUUGCAUCAGCUAAUGCCAUUAACAAGUACUUUAUAGGGAGUGUGCUAAGUGGGGGAGGAAGUGUUCCAAAGAAGGAGGCUAGUGCAGAGGAUUGGAUUAACAUGGUGAAUGAUUUUCAAAAAGGUGCCUUAUCAACCAGGCUGGGAAUUCCUAUGAUUUAUGGAAUUGAUGCUGUUCAUGGCCAUAACAAUGUCUACAAAGCAACCAUUUUUCCUCACAACAUUGGGAUGGGAGCUACUAGGGACCCAGAACUUGUGAAGAAGAUUGGAGAAGCAACUGCACUUGAAGUUAGAGCUACCGGAAUUCCAUAUGUGUUUGCACCUUGCAUUGCGGUUUGUAGAGAUCCAAGGUGGGGUCGCUGCUAUGAAAGUUAUAGUGAAGAUCCUACACUAGUCCAAGCUAUGACAGAGAUCAUUCCCGGAUUGCAAGGUCAAAUCCCUGCAAAUUCACGAAAGGGUGUUCCCUUUGUUGCUGGAAAAAAGAAUGUAGCAGCUUGUGCUAAACACUAUGUCGGAGAUGGAGGAACCACAAAAGGAAUCAAUGAGAACAACACAGUGAUAGAUAGACAUGGAUUGCUUAGCAUUCACAUGCCAGGCUACUAUAACUCAAUCAUCAAGGGAGUGUCUACUGUCAUGGUUUCUUUCUCGAGCUGGAAUGGAGUUAAGAUGCACGCUAACCGUGAACUAGUCACUGGCUUCCUCAAGAACACACUUCGUUUCAGGGGUUUUGUUAUAUCAGAUUGGCAGGGAAUUGAUAGGAUUACUUCCCCUCCUCAUGCCAACUAUACAUAUUCCAUUCUUACCGGAAUUACUACUGGAAUUGACAUGAUAAUGGUUCCUUUCAACUACACAGAAUUCAUAGAUAGCCUAACCUCUCUAGUGAAACAUAAUUUCAUACCCACGAGUCGAAUUGAUGAUGCAGUGAGGAGAAUUUUAAGGGUUAAGUUCAUGAUGGGCCUUUUUGAGAAUCCACUUGCUGAUUACAGCUUAGUCAACCAACUUGGGAGACAGGAGCAUAGAGACUUAGCUAGAGAAGCUGUAAGGAGAUCAUUAGUCUUGUUAAAGAAUGGUCAAUAUGCACAUAAACCAUUGCUUCCUCUUCCUAAGAAGGCUUCAAAAAUACUUGUUGCCGGAAGCCAUGCUGAUAAUCUCGGUUAUCAGUGUGGUGGUUGGACCAUUGAUUGGCAAGGACUAAGUGGAAACAAUCUUACCACUGGCACAACUAUUCUAAGUGCUAUAAAAAACACUGUUGAUAAAGACACUAUGGUGGUUUACAAGGAGAACCCUGAUUUGGAGUAUGUGAAGUCCAAUGAUUUUUCAUAUGCAAUUGUGGUAGUUGGAGAGCAUCCCUAUGCAGAGACUUUUGGAGACAGCUUGAACUUGACAAUACCAGAUCCUGGUCCACAAACCAUAACAAAUGUGUGUGGAGGACUGAAAUGUGUUGUUGUAGUAAUCUCUGGUCGCCCUGUGGUUAUACAGCCAUAUCUUGACACCAUUGAAGCACUUGUUGCUGCUUGGCUUCCAGGAACUGAGGGUCAAGGUGUUGCUGAUGUCUUGUUUGGUGAUUAUGGUUUCACUGGCAAGCUUCCAAGAACAUGGUUCAAGACUGUUGAUCAGUUACCUAUGAAUGUUGGUGAUUCUCAUUAUGAUCCACUUUAUCCAUUUGGAUUUGGCCUUACAACCAAACCCAACAAAGUAGAAUAAGAACUUUAAUAAGUGUUAGCCAGCCACCAUGUACCAUUCUUGUGGUUGUGCUUGGUAUUUUCGAUAUCAACCAUGCUAGAUGUACACUAAAAUCAGUCAUUAAAAUUAGCUAUUAAAGUAGAAUACACAUUAAAAAUGAGUUAAACUAAACAUGUAUUUUUGUAUACAUGGUUGAUGAUUUUAAUGGUUAAUUUUGAUGUGCAAAUAGUAUUUUUGUUUCGAUAAGAUAUAACCAAGUUAUGCUUUUGGCAGUUGUUAGGUUUGAAGCCU